AUGCAAACAUCUGGUAUGAUGAAUCAGACCUCUGUGCGCCGUAACCUCUUUCAUGGGAACCUCAGCCGCCGACCUGCUUCUGUAGGACCACCUAAUGGCACAGUUCCUCAAACCCACGGCGGCCUUUCCAAUCGUCCCUCGCACCGACUGAAGCCUACAUCCUCGGACUCGGGGCCACAUACUCGACCAUUCAAAAAUGCGGAAAAUAAAGAUAUUGUGGUUCGGGACAAGAAUGGCAGCUACAAGCUUGAGAUUCCAACAUUGCCGCAGGUUCUGGUUGGAGAGGACGGCGAGGAGCUAGCUGAACUUGCACCAGAGGGUGGAAGAUUCAAUUCUUUGGAACUCAAUGGGCGUGACAAAGAUAAGUUUGAGGCAGCUCUCGUGGAGAUGAUGGUUCGGCACCGGACCAGACAAUCAAACGGUGAACCCGAUGAGAUUCUGAGUAUGGUGCAGGAAAGCCUACGCAAAAAGGUAGCAUCACUGGAUGAAGACAAUUGGAUGUUUGAGCCGGAGAAGGACUUGGUUUCUAACUAG